AUUGCAUUUCUUUCUUAUUCAAUAGGACGCUCUAAUGUGCAAUCAAAACCUGUUGUUGCUAAGUCAACAAUAGUUCAAUUACGUAGAUCUGGUCCCCGAAGCAAAACUGCACCUGUUCCUCCUAAAAGAACAAGUUCCUUCCGAGAUAGCACAUACCAAGAUAAAAUGGGAGAGGAUGGAUCUGAAGGCUCAAAAGAAGCUGUUAAUGGCUUAGAAAGAGUGUUUGAAAACAUAAAUAAAGAAUUGCAAGAUUUAAAUAGCAGUGCUGGGGAAACAGAAAGUGAUAUCCAAGAGAGAACUCCUGACACAGAAGAUUCCGAAAGUCACACGGCUACCUCGGCUUUAAGUGUUCCGAAUACAGCUCAGGCACUUUCCCAACAAAAACUUAAAAAGACCAGAACUUACCCUCCUAACAUCCAGCAAAGAAUGAAAGACAAUGCACAAAUAAAUAACAAAUCGCAACCUAAAAAAGUUCAAAUAGCAGCUUUAGAAGUUCAAAAUGUGAAAAGGGCAAUAAAUCGAUAUGGAACUCUACCCAAAGGAGCUAGGAUAGGGGCUUAUUUAGAAUCUCUACGCCAACAUGGAUUGCACGCAGGUUCUCAACCAGAACCCGUUCUUGAAUCGGAACUCGAUGUACUUAAAGAAGUUAACUCUGAUUUAAUGUAUUCUCAAACUGGGGAAUUAGUCAGUCGUAUAGCUUGUGACACAUUUACUGCAACCCAUGCCAAUAUACCCCAGAAUUCUGAUAUAUCUAGGUAUUUCAACCAUGGUGUAUUGCAAAGACAGAAGUCAGAUUUAACUCACACAAAAUCUAGCGAGGUGUUCGAAACGGGCUCAAUUCCUGAAACUCAUCACUUGGCAAUUAAACCCGUUCCCUCUCCCCGUCUGCCCCGCAAUAAAAAGACUGAUCGUUAUUUGCAAAAGAUGAACAAAAUAGAGGAUAGUAAAGAUAACCAUGAAAAUGUGAGGGAAAAUGGGUCUCUCUUUGGUGUAAAUCUGAAGCAUAGAGAUUCUGUGGAAGAUGAAAGACUCGCUUAUAACCAGUCACCACCACCUUUUGGAUGUGGUCUUGUAAGGCGCACACUAAAGAAACGUCCGAAAGAUAGACCACCUAGUCCACCAAAAAAUAGUAUUGUAAAAAGUGGUUCUAUGGAUGAACAUCUCGGUAGAAAUACUGAAAAGUCUCCUAUGUCCAAUUCUGCAUCUGAUCAUGCCCAGAGCCCAAACGCUUCCUCAUUAGGAUCCAAUGCAAACAGCCCUCAGCAAUUUAAAGAACCCAAAGUAACUGGCGAAUUUUCCUCCUUCCCUACGUCGAAUUCUAAGGACAUCUCCAAUGAAAAUUCCGCAUUUGUGUCAAAUGCCUCAACAUUCAGACAGAAUCUGAAACCCGUUUCUAAUUCUCGGUAUAAGUCGACACCCGCUCCGGCGCCACCUGCUAAUCCUGCUGCUCAAUUAGUAACCGAACUAUUUGAAAGCUUGAAGAUGAAGGCACGCAAAAAAGCUGCAGAAACUGAAUCUAUUGCCAGUAAUACUCUUCAAGGGAAUCCUGAUAAAACUGUUAAAAAAAUUCCUGCUGCAGAACAAAUUCCUAAGCCUAUAUCAAAAACUGACAAAAUUAUUAGCAACAAUUCUCAAUGUGAUAAUUCGGAAACCACCAGUAAUUUGUUGAAUCAUGCACCCGAACAGGAUAAAAAGCGUAUUAUCUAUUCGAAACCUGUUUUAGACCGCAUGUGUGCUUCACUAGAAGAAGAUAAAUUUAAAGAUAGCAUAGCUCCACCUGUUCAACGCACUAGUGUGCUAUCUGAUGGUGAUACUCGGCAUGAAAUAACGGAGAUCACUAACCCAGAUAAGACCAAUCUUGUUGAAGACGAUGAGAGCAAAAGGCACAGUUCUGGGAGCAUCAGCAGUUUAAAGAAGCUCUGGGAAAAAGAUGCAGAUAGUCACAGUGUUGAUAAACCAAAUGAUACACUCAAAAAAGUCUGUCCAAAGAUUAUGGCUCAACAGCUGGAAUCUAGAAUGAAAAGAAGCUUUGAACUGCCAGAUUCGAAAGAUCAGAAAAUUAUUGGUAGUGCUCAAUCUGAUACCGGUGAGGCUGAAAAAGGCUCUAGAAACAAUUUACUAACAUGGAAAGGAUCUCCACCAUUGCAAAAUAAAUCUAACAUUAAUCAGAACAAAGAUGGCAGCACUGAUACCAAAAAAGAUGACGCUGCACAGUCAGUGAGGUGUGAAUCUCAGGAAAGUGUCAACGAUGCUGCAAUAGCAGUGUCUGUCUCAAAGCCUCAAGUACCCCAAAAACCUCCAGUGAAAGGUGUUCGUCCCGUGGCAUCAGUCGCACCUGUAACUAAACCUACCAAACCUGCUCUUAAACCACAAUUGUUUCCUAGAAACACCCCAAAAAGCUUAGACAGCCCCACUUCCCAAUCUAGUUUAGAACAAACCAAUAAAGAUAAGCUAUUGGAAAAGAAUGAAAAUGACAGUGACUCUAAAUCGGAACUUGCAAAUACCAAAGCUUCAAUAAUAGAUAUUUCCAAUGCUUUAGAAAAUAGUAUAGUAGGUCUUAGAAAUGCCUCAAGCAUAAGUAGCAUGAGCAUUAUUCAAUUGACUGAUAAAGUUCAACUUUUUCGCUCAUCCUGUUCCAACUAUGCAGAAUAUAUCCCUCCGCAUGGUCGGUUUCGUUUUCGUGAACUCCUCUCUCGUCUAGAAAACCAAGGCGAACAGCUGAGGACUUGCAAUAGUAACAAUAGUAGUGAUAGUGCGAAGUUGUUGUCCGACCUUCAAAAUACUGUGCGUGAUCUUGUUAAUGUUGUACAGCGAUGAAACAUUUUUUGUACAGUACUAUCUUUGUUCUGUGGUUAUCCUACUGCACAUCUAGUGGGUAGGAGUCAAAACGACUUGAAAACUGUCUAGUCGUUAUAAUAUUUCAAGCUUAAGAAAGAAAAAUAAUAACUGAACGGCACUUGUGUGCCUUUUUUUUAUACCAAUCCCAAAAUGACUUUAGUUUGCGAUGAUAAAGCUCUUCAUUUUAAACAGACUGACGUACCUCAUUUUUAUUCUCUUUAGUAUUAUUGAUUUAUCAUAUUUUAUAAAUAUGAUCUGUAUUCUUAGAAUCUGAACUAUAUCGAUAGUUUGUUUUAAAAAAAUAUGGUCCUCUUUUUGUAAAGUGAGAAUCAGUUUACAAUUUAUACCAAGAAUUUUAUUUAAAACUUGUAUUAAUUUAUUUUAAGUGCAUUUAUAAUUUAUGAAAUGGACUGAAUCUUUAUUUAUCUAUGCAUAGGUUUUAGCAAAAAAUAAAUUUAAAUAAUGCAAGUUUAAUAUAAAUACAAGUUUUUUCAACUAUACAAAAAAAAAUAUAUUACAUCGUUUUUGAUAGAGAAAGGGGAACAAAUAUUUCCAUGCCAAAAAAUUCAACAAAAUUUAUUUUUUAGCUAGAUUAUUAUUAAAAUUAUUAUUAGUAGCUAGAUUUUUUUUUAUUUGUAAGUUAAUGAAACUUUAUAGACCAUCUUUCAUUUUAUGUGAAAAUAAAUUCUUUAUAGAUGAUGGAGACUGUAGUAUUAUAAUUUUUUUAAUGAUUGAAUUUAUAUCCCUAAUAUCCUUGAUAUUUUCUAACCAUUUUUUAAUUUUGUAUA